CCGUACUAUUCGCUUAAAUGUGCAUUUUUUAACGUCACGGCAGGUGUGGAAUCACGGUGCGUUUGCGUGUGAUGCCGUGUGCCGCUCCACGCCGCAGCAGUGAACUGGCAAUGGACGGCAAACGAUGUGAUGGUCGAUGCUGAAGCAUCAUAUGUGUGUGCAGCGAAGACGCGCGCAUUCCGUGUCAUUUGCGCCGGUGCCAACAUUGAGUGAACGUACGGACGCUGCGGCACUUGGACUUGGUACGCAGGAGAUGCUCGACAUCGGGCUUGCAAUGCAUGCUGCACGGCGGCUUUGAUACCUUCGACUGUUGUAUCACCUGCUCUCCAUACACCAUCCACCCUAACCUGGGUUGGGGAAACACCUGAUGAGUGGGACCUGUAUCCAUGAGCCCCGUGCCCCUUCCCCCUCCCUGUCAGGCUUCAGCACCCCGGUAUCAGAACCCCCCUAUCGAAGACUCGAUGCCGACACCCCCGCCUGCACCCCGGAAACGGACCUGACCCCAACACAGUGUGUCCUCCGAAACGUGCUAUCCAUUGACACCGGUGACUUGGGGGCACUGGGUGGCAGCAGUCCCACUCCCAGUGAUGGACCUUCAGGGCACUUUGACAACAGUGUGCUAAAACUACAUGAACAUGACACCUGCCAGUGUGGCGCAGGGGCCGAGGCGGGCCACAGCCCAGAAGCUGGUGCUAUCCGGAACCAUUCGGAGAACAUUCGGCUACAAUCAGGGUCUGGAGGAUUUUUGGAGGGACUGUUUGGCUGCCUAAAGCCUGUCUGGACCAUGAUCGGAAAGGCCUACUCCACUGAACACAAGCAUAGCCAUGAAGAGAGUUGGGAGGUUCCGUUUGAAGAGAUCUCAGACCUGCAGUGGGUCGGCAGUGGAGCACAGGGGGCUGUCUUCCUUGGCAAGUUCCACGGAGACGACGUGGCCGUGAAGAAAGUGCGAGACAUCAAGGAGACGGAAAUCAAACACCUCCGCAAACUCAAGCACCCCAACAUCAUCACUUUCAAGGGUGUGUGCACCCAGGCCCCUUGUUACUGCAUUUUGAUGGAAUACUGUGCCCAAGGCCAACUGUAUGAGGUGCUGAGGGCAGGCCGGAAAAUCACCCCCUCGCUCUUGGUUGACUGGUCCAUGGGCAUUGCAGGAGGCAUGAACUACCUACAUCUUCAUAAGAUCAUACACCGAGACCUCAAGUCCCCCAACAUGCUGAUCACGCAUGAUGACCUUGUGAAGAUCUCGGACUUUGGAACCUCAAAGGAGCUCAGUGACAAAAGUACCAAAAUGUCCUUUGCAGGCACCGUAGCCUGGAUGGCACCUGAAGUCAUUCGGAAUGAGCCGGUGUCAGAAAAGGUGGACAUCUGGUCAUUUGGAGUGGUGCUGUGGGAGAUGCUAACUGGUGAGGUCCCUUACAAAGAUGUGGAUUCAUCUGCUAUCAUCUGGGGAGUGGGAAACAACAGCCUCCAGCUGCCCAUACCUGAGAGCUGUCCUGAUGGCUUCAAGAUCCUACUCAGACAAUGCUGGAACUGUAAACCCAGGAAUAGGCCUUCUUUCCGUCAAAUCCUUCUUCAUCUAGACAUAGCAUCGGCUGACGUUCUGUCCACUCCCCAGGAGACAUACUUUAAAUCGCAGGCUGAAUGGCGAGAGGAGGUAAAACAGCAAUUUGAGAAGAUCAAAUCUGAGGGCACUUGUCUGCACCGACUCGAUGAGGAGCUGAUCAACCGACGCAGAGAAGAGCUCAGACAUGCUUUAGACAUCCGUGAGCACUAUGAGAGGAAACUGGAGAGGGCGAACAACCUUUACAUGGAGCUCAGCGCUGUCAUGCUGCAGCUGGAGCUCAAAGAAAAAGAGCUGCAGAGGAGGGAGCAGUCCUUGGAUAAGAAGUAUCCAGGUUUCUUUAAGCACCACAGCUCCAGACAGAGCAGCUCUUCAAACAGCAUGGACAAGCUCAUCAAGAAGAGAAACGUCCCACAGAAGCUUCCUUCAGGAAAGAGGCCAGACAUCCUCAAGUCUGAGGUAAUCAUUCCCAAAAUGGAUUCUUCUGUAUUGCAAGUCACUAUCCCCACCUGCCCCAGUAGAAGCUCCACUUCUCCCAGUCGGUCUCGAAGGGUAAAGACCCGUCAUCGCAAGCCUGGAAAAGGCAGCAGUGGGGAUCUAGCAGGACUUAAAGCCAAUCAGUCCUCUCCCAAUAGAGAGACGGUGGCCAAGGUGAACAACUCAGCCACUGACUCCUCCAUGCAGCUCCUGGAGCCCUCUGCGGCCCUGAGGGGCUUCAGCCACGAGCAACAGCAAAGGCAGCUAUCCUCCUCCAGCCCUGACCUCAUCUGCACCGCGCUAGAGGCGGGCGGCCAGGGAAAAAAAGAUCCACCUCUGGGCGGGCUAGAAAGAGGGGGCAGCCUCAGUGCCUCUGCAGGAUUAGGAGCAUCAGAGGCGGCAGUCACUGGUUUGGAUGAUCUCACAGAAACUCCCCCACGCAGCGACACUCCUAGCGAGGAUGCUGCAUCAUUCCCAUUCUCAAGCAGCCCGGACUCGCCUUGUGGGAGGGGGGCGGCAGCAGGGCGUGGCUCUCUGGGAUCACCACGCUUGCCCCAUGAGGAAGAUAAGGAGGAUGGAUCUGGCGCUGUUAGGUUGCCCCGAGGGGCUUCGGGGGGAAUCGGGAGUCAGCACCUCACACCUUCAGCCAUUUUAUACAGGGCAGCUAUUACACGUAAACAGAGGCGUGGGGUGUCAUCAGAAGAGGAGGAGGGUGAAGUUGACAGUGAGGUUGAGUUACCACGAAGACGACGCCCGACCAGCAUCACAAAGUGUCAGUCGGUGUCCACCUUCAGCUCAGAGAACUUGUCGGUUUCGGAUGGCGAGGAGGGCCACACUACAGAUCACUCCCACAGCGGCACCCCUGAUGUGGUCAGCACCAACACGGACGACAGGUUAGACUACCGCAGCGACGACCUCCUCUCUCAGGGCUCAGAGAUCCCAGCAGACAACACAGAUCCGGCUCAGGCUUCCGAUGGCCUAUCAGAGAGAGAAGGAACGUCGGGUCACGCCAAAGCUCAGCUGCAAGUCGAGCAGAAUCCAAAUGAGGGUCGUGUCCUGUGUGAUGAUUCGGACUGCGACAGCGCUGAGCUAGACCAGCCGGGCAGUGGCGAGUCAAGCCGACCGCCAAGCGCUAACGCGUGUGUACCGCCCCUUCAAGCUUAUCAGGGGUCACCACAUCCGACUCACACAGGACAUCCAUAGUCAACUGAUACAAAUACCUCUUGCCACCAUGACAUCAGUCGCCAGUGCAGCAUGUCAUGAGGGAUCACACCUGCAGUACAACACUUCUCAGCCCAAGUUAUGAAGGCUCAUAAGUGCAGUGGUGACCAUAACUCCAAUCACGUGACAUUGUCACAAUCCGGGUCAUUUCUUUUUUCUUUAACAGCUUGUGAAAUAAUCAGAUACAUGUCAUUUUGCAUUCAGUACUGUUUGUAGGCAAAAUAUAGGUACAAAUGUAUCCUUAGCCACGGCACCUAGUCCUCUAAUCACACUAGCCAUUACUCUGGGAGCAUUCACAGAUACUAAUAAAUAAUAAUGUAAAUAACCAUGACCAUACCACAUGAGAAAGACAAUAUUUUAUUUGUAAGAUAAAAUCUAAGAAUAAAUGGUAUGCAGCCCUGUGAACAAAUGCAUGAUUAUGUUUUUAAAUGUAAGAUUUGAAUGUGUCUGUUUUAUAUUUUGUGAAAGUUUAUACUUUUUUUAAUCCUAAAAAUAUUUAUUCAGUUAUUUAAUAAUUGUGAGCACUUAAAAAGAGGGGGGAGGGGUGUUAAUUUCACAAAGAUAAGUCACAGUAUGUAAUUUGGUUUUCUCAGUAGUUUCAUUUUUAAAACCAUUCCUCCUGCUGACUGACACCUGCUUGAGAUUUUUACUUGGGUUAUGAGGAUUUGUGAUGGAAUGGAGACCUUUGUCAUCGUUAAGUACAAAAUCCUUUAAGUGUUGUCCUUGGCGAGUGUAAAGUAGUGCCUGCACUCACAACAGCAAGCUCCUAACAUGCACUGCACUGAACGAGGACAACGUCUCAUGCUUCAACUCUCUCAGCAACACUGGUGCAGGUGCUAAUAAAUGUGAAUGUGCUUUUGUAACAAACUUAAAGGACUCACCAAGUAUGUUGUUCACCUUCAUAAAAUCCUCCAACCUUCCCCCUUGACCCUUUAAGAUUUCUGCAGGAGUAGCCUGGUCCAAAAUGUAGAGCACUUCUUUGUAGUUACUAGUUGAAAGGUUAAGUAUCCUUUGAAUAGAAAUGUUUUGUUUUUAUACAACAUUGCACAUUGUAGCUGUAACAUAGGAAAUAUAUCAAAAGAAAAUAAUGAGCUACAAUAAAUAAUGUAUUGCUUAAAAAAGUGUGUUCUUUGUUUAAAUUGGAGAAUAAAGUGACCAGAAU